AUGCCGACGGUCGCAGCCCUCAGAAUCCACUUCAGCCAUGUCCAGUACGUGGUGCUGGUCUGUGUCCUGCUGCAGGCCUUCCGAAUAGUCAUCACGGACCAGACACAAAAGCUCAGCCAGGGCAAUGAGGCGUGGACGCAGCCACAUAUGACGAAUCUUACAGAUACUCUUCAACUGAGUAGCAGCACUCUCGCAAACGCUUCUUAUACCGGCACCUGGAACAUCACUCAUCUCGUGACCACGGAGAAACCAAAGUCCCUAGUCCCACCACCGACGGCGUUCUUCUCUUUCUCGACAGCGAGAGCACUCCUGUACGCGGCUGUGGCAUCGCUUGUCGGCUACUACUGGAACCUCCUGCUGGAGAGACAGCUGCCUGCUCGUCCGCGUGGUGAUUCGUCUUCGUACAACAACGACAAGCUUGCGGAAGGCCAUGAACAACUGGAGGAAAAGAUUGUAGAGAAGUGGCUCGCCAACGGCAAGAUAAAAAGAGCUUCUCUGAGUUUUUGGAAUACCGUAGCAAAGUGGUUGUUGGACAUUUCGGUCGGGCGAGCACUUGUUCUUUUGGCUACCGAACUGACCAGGAUUGCCGCGUAUUCGAAACAGCCAGUCAGGGCGUUGCAAAACUUACCAUCAGAAUUGCUAUUUGGUACGCUGGCCUAUUUGUUCACUCCCUACACAAUCUUUUCUGUUGCCGGCAUGAUUAUAGUGCCUGCCAACCAGCGCGUUAUCUUCGCCAGCGCGUUUUACUUUGUUUGCACAGUGUUCUUUCAAAUCAUCAUCUACAUUGUCGUCCCCCGGGUUUCCUUUAAGAUUUUGCUCAGCCUGACACGAAGUGACGCCAUCAACAGAAUUGCCGAUCAUGCUAUUCUUUAA